AUGGAGCCCGGCCCGACUAACCGAACCGCCCUUCACGAACCAAGCCAUUCCCCUGCCUCUCCCCUGUCCUCAUCAUCCUCCUCCUCCUCCUCAUCGGGCCCGUACGACCGCCCAAAAUCCAGGCACGGGCCCGAACCCGGGCCCACAUCCCCGGCCUGCCCGUGGAGCAUGGUUAGUGCCUCCCCUCCCCCAGACUACUGGGCAGGCCCAGACGGGCCCGUCGGGUACGACCCGAACCGAAUCCCGGCCUCGAUAUUCUCGGCCCGGCCCGUGAACCCGGCGGACUGGAGCGCAGCCUCGAACGAGUCCCUUUUCAGCAUCCACAUGGGGAAUAGUAGCUUUUCCCACGACCACGCGAUACUUUACGCCAAGUCGGGAGAGCUCGGGAGGCUCGACGAAUGGGCCGCCACCGGGCUUCCGACGGUCAUGGAAGGGCAUGCGCACGAGGAUUGUGGAAGCAGUUUGGGUUCAGAAGGGGUCUCGAGGGUCGAGUCGCUCGGGAGCGUGGAAAAGCGUGGCGUCACCGAGGAAAAGAAGGGUUUUUCAGGGUCGGAGUCUCGGGCGGGCCCGCCGGCCGGGAGUAAUCUUAAGUCGCCGAGCACGCCUCGAACGCCAGCGUGCAAUGCUCGGCUGUCAGAAGAGAGUGGGAAUAGCGGAAGCUCGUUUGCUUUCCCAGUAUUGGUGAGUGAUGGCGCGAAAACCGGCUCGUUGAGGAGGGUCAAGGAUAUACCGCAAGAGCCAAAACUCGAAGCGCAAGUUUCUAAAUCGGCUCAUAAAGCUCCCGAGCAGCAUAGAUGGUUUUGUAGGUUAUGCUGUUGGCGCCGUUGCUGUUAA